AUGACCAAAAUCCUUAGCGAAGCAACCACCACCCAUAUCCAUUAUACGUUACUACUACUAUUACAUUCGCCUCUUAGACCCUUCUCUCUCUUUCUUAUUCCAUGGAACAUUCAAGUGACACCACCACCACCACCACCACCACCACCACUGCGACUACGACAGGGACAACAACAUUCCCGUACCGCCACGCGUCGUCGCCGACGUCGUCGUCGUCUCCCGCGUCUUCCCCUCCUCCUCCUCUGCCGCUGUCGUCGUCGCCGCCCGUCGUGCUGAGCCCGUGCGCGGCGUGCAAGAUCCUGCGCCGCCGGUGCGUCGACAAGUGCGUGCUCGCGCCCUACUUUCCCCCCACCGAACCCCUCAAAUUCACCACCGCGCACCGCGUCUUCGGCGCCAGCAACAUUAUCAAGCUACUGCAGGAUCUUCCGGAGAGCCAGCGCGCGGACGCGGUGAGCAGCAUGGUGUACGAGGCCAACGCGCGAAUCCGCGACCCGGUCUACGGCUGCGCGGGCGCGAUAUGCCAGCUGCAGAAGCAGGUGAACGAGCUCAAGGUGCAGCUGGCGCGGUCCCAGGCCGAGCUGGUGGCGACCCGAACGCAGCACGCCAACCUCCUCGCCCUCCUCUGCGUCGAGGCCGUGCAGCAGCAGCACCAGCAGCAGCAGCCGCAGCCGCCUUCUUCUCCUGCGCUCCUCCCUGCAGCUGCAGUCACCCCUUACGGAUUCCAGAAUGACGGCCUGCUGUUCGUCGACGAUUGCUCGUCGGUGUGGGAAGAACCACUUUGGACAUGAACUUCUCUUCUCUUCUCUUUUCUUUUCUUUUCUUUUCUUUUUUUUCUUUUUUCCUCUCUUUUUGGGGAGUGGAGUGAAUAAUUAGUUGGAUCUAAGAUCCAUGCUGAUUAGUUAUUAGUUAAAUCUAGAUAUUAUGAUCAUGAGGAGGAGAAGUUGAUGUGUGUAAGAGAAAUUAAGAGAGAGGAUCCGUGACAAUGAAAUAGUAACUGAUCGAUAAUUUGUUAUUGCAA